AAAGGGAACCAGAAAACCCAGUAUGUAAUCUUGGAGUAAUGACAGCAUCAGAAAACAAAACCAACAAAAGAGAACACCUUCCAGAACAAUCUGAGCUGCAUGAAAGGCAAACAUUCACUAAAGUUGGAGCUUUCCUAAGUCUGCCCAGAGAUAAGUGGCAUAUUUGACCUUCACCAUGAUUAACAAGCAUUUCUUUGAAAUUGUGUCGGUGCUGUUGGCCUCUUCUACUAUCUUCUCCCUAGAGUUGAAACUGGCUCUCUUCCAACAAAGAGUAAACAGAGAGAGUUUAAAACUCUUGAGUACAUUGCAAAGCUCAUCAAUUCAGCAGUGUCUGCCACACAGGAAAAACUUCCUGCUUCCCCAGCGGUCUGUGAAUCCUCGUCAGUACCAGGAAGGACAAGCACUGGCCAUUCUUCACGAGAUGCUUCAGCAGAUCUUCAACCUCUUCAGGGCAAAUACUUCUUCGGGCGGUUGGGAGGAAAGCCACGUGGAGAAGUUCCUCACUGAGCUUCAUCAACAGCUGGAAUACCUAGAAACACUCACAGGCCUGGAAGCACAGCAGGACAGCAGCAUCUUGGGGAGUGAGAACGUUAGGUUACCGAUUAAAAUGUACUUCCAAAGGAUCCACGAUUACCUGGAAAGCCAAGAGUACAGCAGCUGUGCCUGGACCAUUGUUCGAGGAGAAAUCAACCGGUGUCUCUUCUUUGCACUCCAGCUGAUAAGAAAGAUAAGCAAACGAGGAAUGCAUUCCUCGAAGAAUGUGGAGCAUGAGCCGAGGGCAGACUUUAGAAGCAUAGGGUAGGUGGAGGGGCGGGAGGACUGUUCCAGAGACUAUUAUUUCUUCUUGUCAUUAAUUGCUUUGGUUUCGUGUGUGUAGAUAUAUGUAUAUUUACCUGUCCUUUAAGAUUAUGCGUAGUGACUACAAUGGUCUUUGUUUUGUAAUGUCACUUUGUAUUUUCCAUUCAUCUUAAAUUUUCAUGAGAUAAAAUAGAUUCAUCAGUAUUUCAUACUUGGUUCUUCAAAUGGGUUUAUUUUCCUCAGAGUAAAUGAGGUACGUUUCCACUGUACUAAUUUCUUAACUUAGCACAUCCAUUGAUUUCUUUGCCAGAAAUUGGUAGAAACAUUAAGAAGUACAAGGAAUAAUGUGCAUUGCCAGACUUGAAAAUGUCAAUACACACUGAAUAUCUGUUACAGGUGACACAAUAGAAAUAUGGCCAAAGGUCACGAACAGCAGAUUGCAGAGGGAAAACAAAUGCAUGAAAACAGGUUCAACCUCACUUAUAAUGAUAAAAAAUACAAAUUAAAAGUGAACAGCAUGCCAUUCAUAACAGCUGAAGGCCUACACUUUCGUGGAGAUUUUGGAGAGGGAUGCUCCUAUAAUUUGCCAGAGCGCUGGAAAUUGGUAGGAUCACUGUAGAGGCAAUAUAUUGAUAUCUGUUAAAAUUACCAUCUUUGAUCCAUAAAUUUGAAAUUGAUCUUAUAAAAAUGCUUGCAUAUGUGUCUGAUGGCGUGCAUACAAUACUGUUCACUGCAGCAUUAUUUAUAAUAUCAAAAGACAGGAAACCACUCAAAUUCUUUUAGUUUGAGACAGUUGAAGUAUAGUCACGCAAAGGAACACCACCUGGCUGGACAACAGAGUGAGGAUGCUCUUCCUAUACUGAAAGAAAAGAGUAAAAAAAUAGGCAAGAUGAAGAACAGUGUGUAUAAAGUGCUGUAUUUGACAUUAAAAUGUAAAACAAGGGGCGCCUGGGUGGCUCACUCGGUUAGGCGUCCAACUUCGGCUCAGGUCAUGAUCUUGCGGUUCGUGAGUUCGAGCCCCACGUUGGGCUCUGUGCUGACAGCUCGGAGCCUGGAGCCUGCUUCGGAUUCUGUGUCUCCCUCUCUGUCUGCCCCUUCCCUGCUCGCACUCUGUCUCUGUCUGUCUCUCAGAAAUAAACAUUAAAAAUUUUUUUUAAUAAAAUGUAAAACAAAUUUUCUAUUUGACCUAACUUGUGCAUGAACAAAUAAAGAAUAUAUAAGAAUAAACUACAAUGAUGACCUGUGUUUUGGGGAAACGAGGCUAGGGGAAGAAGCAGGGGGAGGGAGGUUUUCCAGCAUAUUUUUGUAUUUUUAAUCAUGUGAACAUUACAAAUUAAAACAAUAAAUGAAAAUGUACCUAACAAGUCAGAGUUCUUAGAAAUACGCAUGAAGGAGUCUUGCUGGCAAAAGGAAGUGUUAGAUGAAGGGUAGAAGAAACAGGACUGCUCCAGCCUUCCCCUGGAGGGGAGGGGAGUGGCCAGGAGAAGGAGGAGGGCUGCACAGAAGGGCACUCGUGCCAACCAAGGGAGGGGGUUUCCACUCAUGAGAGCUGCUAGGGAUGAAAGGAUUCCAGCUCUUCCAGCCGGGAGCUCCCCGAAACCAUGAUGGAACAAAUGCGGGGCCAGAGAAACUGAAGUUCAGUUGAGACUUGGUGGCUUUCCCACGGCCACGGUGACCUUCACCCAAUGUAAGAAGCAGAGCCAUGGUCCAAAAUUCUGGGGCUAGUUCUGCCACUUUACGUCAUGCUCUGUUUUUGACUCAUUGUAUAAUUCGAGAUGAAAUCUAUCACUUAAUGUGAAAACUUGCUGAAGAACAAAACACAUUUCAUUUCGGUUUAAUUAGUGUUAGUAAGUGUAUUCGUCGUUGGCCUGUGCUUUCGGAUUUGGCUUCAGAGGAAGGAGGAUGAGCUGAAUAGGCUCCUGAGUCUGAGGCAGGGCCAACUGCCAGAGAGGAAAAGGGCAGAGAAGCAGAGGCAGUCUUGGUCCACGUCACCUUUCAACCCCUGUGUACCUUCAAGUUCACCUAGAGGUAGGGAGGUGGAGAGAGGAGAGGCAUUUACCACACUUGACUGCAAAUACAGGUCAUUUGCUUCACAUGAUCAGUAGAAUUUUUGUUUUCUUUAAACCAGGAAGUUUUCAGAAGCAAAUCCUUCAUUUAACACAUUAUUCGAUUCUCAAGUUAACCUAGCAAGAUAGUUUCUGUAUUAUCUUCUUUUCUGAAAUGAGAAUAACAAGACUUUAAAGGUGAAGUAACUUGCUCAAAGUAAUGUAGCAAGUCACGGAGCCAGUAAAUGCCAGAGCAGAGAUUCUCCACCAGAUCUGUCUGACUCAAAAGAGUGCACUCUGUUCUAGACCCCACAAACCCGAAUGGCAUUGUGCGAGAUCUCUGCGAAAUAAUAAUGAUAACAAGCAUGACGACAAUUUGCUCCUGGCUUUCCUUAUUCAAGUUCACAUACUGUCCGCAGUCUUGAAUUAGAGAAAGAACAUUUUCUCCCCCUGGAUAUUUCUUUCCUAAGAACUGAAGAGAACAGAAUGGAGAAGAGGCCAAGUAGAAAUUUACAGUAGUUAAUAUGUACUCCUAUCUAGAAGCUAAAAGCAAUACUGUACAU